AUGGCUGCGAUGAUGCGAGGGAACGCCGGCGGGCGACUUGGCAUGAUGAAGCCACCUGUGAUUGUGUUGAAAGAAGGUACAGAUACCUCUCAAGGCACUGGCCAGCUGCUCUCCAACAUUGGCGCGUGCGUUUCUGUAAUGAAUACAGUCGCGUCGACGCUUGGCCCACGCGGCAUGGACAAGAUGAUUGUGAACGACCGAGGGCAGGCGACGAUCUCGAAUGACGGCGCGACGAUCAUGAAGUUGCUUGAUAUAGUGCACCCAGCCGCGCGUGCAUUGGUCGACAUUGCGCGUGCGCAAGAUGCCGAGGUUGGCGAUGGGACCACCUCUGUCGUGCUUUUUGCCGGCGAGUUGUUGAAGCAGGCGCGCCCAUUUAUUGAGGAGGGUGUGAGUCCCCAUGUGAUUUCGCGUGGAUUUGUCCGGGCUGCGGAGCUUGCUGUGGAGCACAUCAAGGAGAUUGCCGUGCGCAUCGACAAGAGCGAUCCGCAGCAGCUCCACGACCUGUUCCUCAAGUGUGCCGGCACUGCGAUGUCAUCCAAGCUGAUUGUAUCGCAACGCUCUUUCUUUGCAAAUAUGGCGGUCGAUGCGGUCAUGUCGCUCGACCAGCAAAUCCUGAACGAAAAGCUUAUCGGGAUCAAAAUGGUGCCCGGCGGUGCGAUGCAAGACUCCCUUUUGAUCCGUGGCGUGGCGUUCAAAAAGACGUUUGCGUACGCGGGCUUUGAGCAGCAACCCAAGGUGUUUGCCAACCCGCCCAUUCUCUGUCUCAAUGUCGAGCUGGAACUCAAGGCGGAGAAGGACAAUGCCGAAGUACGUAUCAAGGAGGUGUCGGAAUACCAAGCCAUUGUUGACGCCGAAUGGGGCAUCAUCUAUGCCAAGCUUGAUGCGAUUGUCAAGACCGGCGCCAAGGUUGUUCUGUCCAAGCUCCCGAUCGGCGACUUGGCCACGCAGUACUUUGCCGACCGCGACAUUUUCUGUGCGGGACGUGUGCCGACCGAUGAUAUACAGCGUGUCGUUCAGGCCGUCGGCGGCUCGAUGCAGUCUACCGUUACGGACAUCGAUCCCAAGGUACACCUCGGUACGUGCGAGCACUUUGAGGAGCGCCAGAUCGGCGGCGAGCGGUUCAAUCUGUUUACAGGGUGCGCUGGCGCAAAGACAGCCACAGUUGUGUUGCGCGGCGGCGGCGAGCAAGUAAUUGCCGAGAUUGAGCGCAGCUUGCACGACGCAAUCAUGAUUGUCAAGCGCGCGAUCCAGAACAAUGAUGUGGUCGCUGGCGGCGGUGCGAUCGAGAUGGAGCUCUCCAAGUACCUGCGCGACUUUGCACGUACCAUCCAAGGCAAGCAGCAGCUCAUUAUUGCUGCCUACGCCAAGGCACUGGAAUGCAUUCCGCGCCAGCUCGCUGAUAAUGCGGGCUUUGACGCGACAGAUCUGAUGAGCCAGCUGCGUAUGUGCCAUGCACAAGGACAUACGUGGGAUGGGAUUGAUAUUCGCUCGGAAGGUAUUGCCAACAAUAUGGAAACGUUUGUGUGGGAGCCGAGCUUGAUCAAGAUCAAUGCGCUCAGUGCAUCGGUCGAGGCGACGCGCAUGGUGCUUAGUGUAGACGAGACCGUCAAUGCGCAGCAGAGUGCUCAGCCGCAGACCGGUCCUCCAGCUCCGCCAGGCACCGCUCAGCGCGCCCUCCGCGCCGGCGGCCGUGGCGGCAUACCUCGUCGUUAG